UGACCACUUCCAUUACUCGGUGUUUUCUCUUAUUUUCUUUCUCCACCGUUAUUAGGGUUUUCUACACUUCUUCGUUUUUCCCUCUUUCACACUUUCCACCAAGAUCCACUUGGACUUUUUUUCACACCCUUUUCUGUUAAAAGUCUUACUUUCUAUAAAGUCUUAUUUUUUCACCACAAACCCUUUUUUUUAGGGUUUUUUUCGUUCCGUUUACUCCAUUUCUCUUUCCCUUUCGCGUGUUUGAACUCGUUGAGUUUUAAUUCUUAUCGUAUAAUUGGGUCAGCUUUGUGUUCAAGUUUGAAUUUUCAAUCUGAUCCAGUUACGUUCGUGCUAAAUUAUCUGGAGCUGGUUCUUCAAUCUGUGAGUUCUUGUGUAUUUUGGGUGAAGUUCGAUAAAAGGGUAUGUUUUCUGCUUCUUAUUUCGGUUCUAGGGUUAAUUUUGUGCUGUUGGUGGAAUUGAAUUGCUUGUUGUCUGUAUUUGUGAUAAAGGGUCGCUGUUGAAUUGAGAUUUAAAUCUGGGAUUUUUGGAUGUUGGUUGCUAGUUUAUAAUUUGGUUGACUUCAAAAAAAUGCUUAGAUUAUUGCUCAAGAUUGGGUUUUUGAAGUAGUUAUUGUAUUAAAAUUGUUGAAGCAUAAAGGGUUAUUUAAGUUGAUUUAUGAGAGUAAAGGUGUUUCAGUUUGGAUUUUGAAGUUUUGGUUUGUUGUUGGAAGCUUGUGUCAAUUGUUUUGGUUUGCUGAAAGAGGAAAAAGUGGUGAUUUUUUCAUUGGAGCAAGUGUUGUUUUUGGAAAUGGAUAACUCCAAAAACAGAAAUAAUGAUAGUUUGGGUGUUAACAAGUUGGGUAAGAAUAUAAGGAAGAGCCCUUUACAUCAACCCAAUUUCGGCAACAAUGCUGCUAGACAACAGCCUCAGCCUCAGGUUUACAAUAUAAGCAAGAACGAUUUUCGGGAUAUUGUUCAGCAGCUUACUGGAUCACCUUCACAGGAUCCUCCACCUCGGCCUCCACAUAAUCCGCCAAAACCGCAGAGCAUGCGUUUGCAGAAGAUUAGACCUCCCCCGCUAUCGCCCAUCAAUCGACCUCGCUUGCCCCCACCCAUGCCAAUGCCUGUGGCCCCUCCUCAGGUUCCUUACAAUAAUGCCUUACCUAGACCUGGUCAUUUUGGACAACCAUCUCCAACUCCUUUGCAGCCAUCACCUUCUGGAGAUUUGUGGGCCAAUACAACUGAGUCACCAAUCUCUGCUUAUAUGCGUUAUCUUCAAAAUUCUAUGAUGGAUCCAGGUUCGAGGGGUAAUCAAUUUCAGCCUCAACCACAUCCAUACCCUCAACCCCAAGUACAGGGCAAUUAUCAGCCACAACCACCUUCAUCUGCUUUGCUUCCUAAUCCUUCCAUACCCCCGAUCCCUUCUCCGAGAUUUAAUGGUCCUAUGCCACCAAUGAAUGCCACUAAUCAUCCAGUGUCUAGUAUUCCAUCACCACACGGUAAUGGCCCUCCACUUUUACCCUCUCCAACCUCUCAAUUUCUUAUGCCUUCUCCAACUGGUUACAUGAAUUUGCUGUCCCCCCGGUCACCUUAUCCACUACUGUCACCUGGCUUUCAAUUUCCAUCACCAUUUACACCUAAUUUUCCUUUCUCACCCAUGGCACAAUCAGGGAUUCUAGGUCCUGGCCCUCAACCACCACCUUCUCCCGGCCUUAUGUUUCCAUUAUCUCCUUCAAGUUUUUUCACCAUGCCAAGUCCUAGGUGGAGAGAUCAAUAGUCUUCUCAAUUUGUGCUUACAUGUUUGAUUGGGGGUGCUUCCUUCUAACUGGACAGAUCUUAGUCUUGUUCAUUGGCAUGUAAUGUACAAAAAAGUUGUAAGGUUUUUUUUUGUGGCUAUUUGUAGUGUUCAUUUCCCAUUUCUUUGUUUCUUUUUUAUUUGAGAACCAUAAUGGUUCCGAACCUUUUACUUUGACAAGUUUUACAUUAGGCAAUAUAUUGGAGAUCAAACAACUCAAUUGAACAGUUGGACAAAAGCUGUAAGAUGGAAGACUGAUAUGUAACUUGAAGGGAUGUAGGAUUACAGACAAUACUUGUUAUGUAGAUAUGUUGCUCCUUUGCAAACAUGUUGACCCAUGCAUGGCUGUGCUAUCUUGAAGAAUGCUAGCAACCAGUGUUGUUGAUGGCAGAUGGCGGAAGGUGCUGCCGUGGCUGGCAUUCCUUCACAAAUUGCCUAUGGCGGUUGUCCAUGGCCGCCAUUCAACAACACUGCAACUCACUCUUUUCGAUACAUUCUAGAACACUCUUUGUGAUUGGUUCAUCUCCCAAAAAGUUAAUACAUUUUUUACGAAAUGAUAAAUUUUGCAAGGCAACUAAACUGACUUUUUUUUUAAUAAAAGAAACUAAUUACAGAGUGUGUAAAAAAGAGUGUCAGAACAUUAGUCUCAGAACAUUAACCUGAAGAUUUUUAUCCAGUAGUACUACUUUAAUACUUUUGUAAUGCCUUGUAAAUGGUUUUGUUGCCAUGUGGUUUUAACUGUUAAGGGUAUUCCUUCUAUCUGAUUGUAGGGAUUAUUUACUUUGUUUUUUCACCAUCCACACCAUGCAUUCACCUAGGUCUGUAUUUGACUUUUCUGUCUUUCUCCAACUUUGCUUUUAGUCAACUCUGAUCUUAUACUUGUCAUCAGACUUCCUGUUCCCUGCCAUUGAAAAGAGUUAAAUA